CUCCCACUAACCAGUCAGGCAAAAAGCAACCUUUUUCCUAAUCAAUCAGUGGGGGAAGAACAAAGCGAGAGAGAGAUUAGAUUAGACAGCCACGUCCCUCCUGUCUCCCCCUCUCCUCGCCUCUGCUCACCAAUCGCACCGCCCCCCGUAGAGAUCUGAUUGCGCUCCUGCGCGUUCUUAUCUUCUCCUCUCGUUUUCCAAACUGUCACCGUAUCUUCUUCCGAUUCUGCUGGCCGUAGCGCGCCCGCCUAUCCUUGCUUCAUCAUUGAACAAUAUAGUUUUCUUGUUCUUUGGUCCCUUCUCCGUCGAUUCGUUCUUGAUUCUUGGAUGAUUCAGCCACAUGUGUGUUGGUUAUUAGCAAUCAAUCGGCAUUGAGUUCAUCUUGUUGUCCUCCCGUUUAUUUGGCUUCGGUUUCCGGCAUGGAUUCUUGAUUGUGUGCUUGGGAAGUUGGAACAUCCGACGAGGGUAGCGCGGUUCUUGGUGGUGCUGUGCGCGGGCAAUGGCGUCAAGGGACUUCAUGGGCGUGUUCGGCGGCCGUGGCGGCGAGCGGGCGCAGCCGGAGGACGCCGCCGUCGAGUCGGACGACAUUGAGCUCAGCCUGGGUCUGUCACUUGGUGGCCGGUUCGGCACGGAGGCCCAGCGGCCACGGCUGGCGCGCUCUUCGUCCAUCGCCUCCGUCUGCUCGGUGUCCUCCCUGGGCGGGGACGGCAACAGCGACCCGUCCCCCGCGGCGCCGCUGCCGCUGCUGCGCACGAGUUCGCUGCCCACGGAGACCGAGGAAGAGCGGUGGCGCCGCCGCGAGAUGCAGAGCCAGCGGCGCCUCGAGGCCCGCCGGAAGCGUAUCGAGCGGCGGAGCUCCAUGGGCUCCUCAGCCUCGGUGCCGUCCAAGCCCGGCGGCGACGCGCCCGUGGCCGUCGUCAACAGGUUGCGGGCGAGGAUGUCAAUUGGGUCACAGGGAAGCAGCUCUGCCAACACAACAGAUCAAGGUCUUGGUGGAAGUGCAGUUUGCCAGUCCACAGACGCGAGUCGUCCAUCAACCUCAGAUAGUACCAAUCAAAAUAACGUACUUCCUCCACCGAUCACAGCAACUGGGAAGCCACUAAACAGCACUGCGACAGAGCAACCUCAACUGCGGACGCUUGGGUCCCUGACAAUGCGAACAAGCAGCAGCGGGGACAUCAGGAAGAUCAUGAUGGAGGACAUGCCAAUGGUCUCCUCCAAGGUUGAAGGGCCUAACGGCAAGAGGAUUGAUGGCUUCCUGUAUAGGUACAAGAAAGGCGAUGAUGUGAGGAUAGUAUGUGUCUGCCAUGGUAGCUUCCUCACUCCUGCAGAGUUUGUGAAGCACGCUGGUGGUGGUGACGUCUCGAACCCGCUUAGGCAUAUUGUCGUCAACCCCUCGCCGUCCGUGUGCAUGUAAUCGUGAAUUACACCCAGAAAGGUCUUUCUUGGUGUUGUUACCUGUAGGCUCCCUGUUUCCGUGAAUUCAACGUAAUAGUGUCUCCGUGUUUUACAUAAAUUAAGAGAAUGACAGCAAAUUCAUAUCAUAUGCAAAUGUUGAUUGGCUGGUUUACAAGAAGACGAGGAUUUAGUUC